GAAGACAGAGCACGAAGUUUAAUAUAGCCACGUGACGUUGAUAGUGUUAUUGAAUUCUAUUUUUCUCUCACAUCCAAUUGUUUGUUGAGUUUGUUGCAACCAUCAGUCGUGGUGUUCUCCUUCAUUCAGGACGAGCUCUCAAGCUCUCGGUCCCAUGUAUAUCUCGUCACACGACAAAAUCAUGACUCGUUCAUUACUGUUGCUCCUAAGCGUACAUGUCGCCUGGGCCUCGCUGCCUUUGGUCGACUUUGAUCGUAUGGGCAAAGUAGGACUCGCUGGUGCUUUUUCAGGAUUGGAUCUCUUUCAAAACCAGUCGCACACGUUUGACUCUUCAACUUCUACACUUCUUGCCCGCGCAUCCAAUGGUUCACUGUCCCCAAUUGCCUCUACCAACUCUGGGGGUCGUAUCUUGGCUGGAUGCACCCUCGACGACUCUUUCUAUCUCGCAGGCUCAUUUUCAUCCAUAGGCUCUACCUCGGCCUCUAAUAUUGCCUCAUAUACAUCAUCUUCGGGCAAAUUCUCAUCCUUGGGGUCUAAUGGACCAAAUGGGGAGAUAGAUGCCAUCUUUUGCGACGCGAAGAACAAGAAGGUUUGGGUUGGUGGCUUGUUUACUUCACCGGGAGCUGCCGUCGCUGUGUGGGAUACCUCAGCAAACUCUUGGUCUAAACCGCCUUUUAAUGGCUUGACUGGUGCUGAGGGUCGUGUCCUUUCUAUCACAUCCAACUCUUCAGACUCCAGCCUUUUCUUUGCUGGCUCGUUCAUUACAUCUUUCCAAGGAAACGGAACCACCUUAAAUGACACAAACAAUCCCAACGUUCCUUUCUCUCCUGGUGCCUCGCCAUUUUCAUCCUCUCUCGUUCCUAUUCCCCUUCAAGGCGCGCAGAUAGUCGGCUCGCCAUCGUCUACCGAUGCUCAAUUCAGUAAUGUCUCAAAUAUCCUUUGCCCCGCAGGCUCAGAUGGCCCAGGGAAUACCUGGUUCGCUGGUGACGGAAACCAAGCAGUGAUCACAGUCCGCGAUUUUUCGUUUCUGCAGGCUAGUGGAGUCAGGCUUGGGAAUACCUUCCAAAGUAACCAUGGAACUACAGGAUUCAGUGUGACCACGAUCCCCGAUAACACUGUACAAACACUCAAAUAUCUUGAUCCCACCACUCAGCAAAACAAUACCUGUUCCACCACCUGUCCACUCUCCACAGACUCCUCAAUUUUGUACCAAGAUUUCUUGUUUGAUUCACCACUUUCUAUUACUGGUGUUGCGAUCACAUUAUCUGAAUGGACAGGAGACGGACCCGGAUUGCAUAUUUUGCAGUUGCUAUCUUCAGGAGCCUUCGCAUCUGCCAUCGAUUCUAACAACGUACAAUCUUGUUUUGCACCUAAUCCUUCCAACACAACGCGAACUGGUAAUUGGGAAGUGAAAGUUGCACAGACGAAUAUUUCAGGAACCACCCAGUCUGUCCUUGUUUCUGAUGUCGCGGUUGGUACUUCGGCCUCCGCAGGCCCCAGUCUGACAUGGCAGCCUUAUGUCUCCGCGUCCGGUGAUUAUAACAUCAACAUGCUGGUCCCUGGAUGCACGAACUUCCAGGACUGUGCCGCACGUACGACGGUCCAAGUCACCAUAUUCCCAGGGAAUGGAUUAAACCCGACGGUGACGAAUGUGGACCAGACCAACACUGAGGAUGCUUCGGUCUCCAUUUACAAUGGCCCUAUCCUACCCACCACCCCCGACUUUGUCACCACGAUAACCAUGACGCUUGCUGCUAACCCAACUGGGAGUGGAUCAAAUGGGCAGUAUGAAAUUGUGGCAGAUCGGAUCGAGUUGGUCCUCACGUCUGCAAAUGCUACAUCUUCUAAUUCGAGUGGCUCUGCAUCAAGCGACUCAUCAGGGUCCAAUCAGGGCUUUGGGUUCUUUGAAUGGCCACUUAGCAGUACCUCUUCUGUCGAUGCUACUUCAACUCUUGCAAACUCAACCGAAACAUCCGCAGACCAAGCUGCUAUUGGGUUGUUCAAUGGAAUUGGAGGGAACGGCACCAUCUCGAGUGAAAAUGCUGCGAUUGCUAGUGUCGCGCACCAUUCCUCCGGAACGAUCUUUUUGGCAGGAAAUUUCACAAUAUCUUCGAACUCCAACAAUAUUGUGUCAUACAAAGAUGGAUCCAUUUCCGCCCUUCCGGAAAAUGGGUUAGAUGGAUCUGUUACUGCUUUGGCACUUGAUGGAGACAAUUUGUUUGUUGGCGGUUCCUUCAUGGAUACAUCGUCGGCUUCCACUAAUGGACUGAAGGGUGUUGCGUUAUACAACGUUCAGAGUCAGAAAUGGAGUGCAUUGGGUGCUGGCGUAAAUGGAAAAGUCUCCAGUCUGGCAGUCAGCGGUAGCCAGCUAUUCGUUGCCGGGAACUUUACACAGCUGUUCACUUCUUCAUCUGACACUGCUGGAUAUGACGCUCCUGGAUUUGCAGUAUGGAACAUCUCGAAUUCCGUCUGGGUAAACAGUGGUGGCUUCGUGGUCGGUUCUAUGACCUUUGUUGCGAACGAGACUUCGCCACAGUAUAUCGCCGGUAAUGUAGUUGUAUCAGAGUCUUUUGGAGCUAGUGGUAUGGUCAUGGUUCAGAAUAGUGCCUCUGAUGUGCCGAGCAUCUCUCCUUUGGGCGUCCAGCUUGAUGGCUCAAUUGCAUCCGCUAGUACCACCUCUACACGCAGAAGGUCCAUUGUUUCUCGUACUUCCUGGAUUGCGCACGUGCGCCUCUCACAUUUGUUCUUCAAGAGACAAACUUCAUCGAGCACUUUGGUGGCACUGCCGGAUGCGCUUCCUGCAGUUGCCCCCGCUGUAUUGGCCGGUUCAUUUUGGACGAAUAGCACUUCAAAUGAUGAGGUGGCUAUAAUUGGUGGAAACUUCUCAUUCCUCCCCUCUGGCUCCUCCUUUGGGUCAACUGAGGCAGCUAAUCUGGGUAUUUAUGACCAGAGUCUUGCCACGAUCACUGCUCUGCAGGGCAAUCAGGUCAACGGAACGGUUCGUUCUCUCUUAGUGAACGGAGAUACUCUCUAUGUCGGGGGCCAGUUCACGAUCAGUGGCCUUAAUGUGGACGGAUUCGCAAUUUAUGACCUUGCUAAGCAGCAAUGGGAUGUAUCGGGGGUCCAGGCCCUUCAACCCAGCUCUGGCUCCUCUGUCGUCGUUCGCUCCAUCACUACUUCCACCUCGAAAUCCAACACUAUCAUUGUCGCUGGUACUUUUGCGCAAGCUGGCUCUUUAACUUGCCAAGCGAUAUGCUCUCUGGACACUUCAUCUAAUCAGUGGAACUCCCUUGGUAGUGGUAUAAACGGGGAAGUAUCUUCGGUCUCAUAUGCAGGAAACAAUCAAGAAACGUUGAUUGCCGCAGGUUCUAUUGCCCUUUCGGACAGCACUGUGGCUAACGUGGCUCAACUUACCUUAUCGAAUAUGUCCUGGGCUGAAGUUGGCUCAGGCUCAGACAUUCCUGGCCCUGUAACUGCUUUGGAGGUUAACAACGCGAACGCAAGCAGUAUUUUCGCAGCCGGAAAAACGAGUGAUAACACUACUUUCUUGUCGUUUUUCGAUGGUCAAAACUGGACAACAUUGGCUUCCACGCUCCAGAAGGACACCAUCAUUUCACAACUAGCUAUGGUUCCUCUACAAAACACACACACUGGUAACAGCAUCAUCGAAUCUGACCGAAUGUUAAUGAUCUCAGGUGUACUGGAUGAUUCGUCGUUUGGAAAUGCGUCUACCGCUCUCUUUGAUGGCGCAAGCUUUAUUCCGUACUUUGUUUCUUCCACCGUUUCUGGGACGGCAGGAUCCGUCUCUUCUCUCUUCCACUCAUUCUCAACUUUCAGCUUCACACAGCAGCAUUUUCUCGCCACCGGUGUUGUCAUUCUUAUUUCAAUCGCUAUAUCCGCUGGUGCGGUCUUCCUCUUAGCGCUCAUCGGCAUACUUUGGACACUGUUUGCCAGACGUGACCGUGACGAUAAGAAACAGUUUGAUGCGGCAGAUGAUGAUGAUGACUCUAUUCAUCAUCGACCUUCAUCACUCCUUGAACACAUUAAUGCUGCGACGCGCGGGACCAUCAUCGGUGCAAGUCCGUUUGCGCCGCACAGUAGUGAGAAAGAGGAAGAGAAGCUUGAAGGUGAUGGUAUGGAGCCUGAGUACACGCAUGACGGUGAUAAUUAUGUUCGCGCUGAAACACCGAGCGCCUAUGGUGGCGCUAUGGGAACCGAAGAAGCCAGUAGACCUGCGCAUGCGCGAUAUUCAUUUGAUGGUGCUGGGGAAGGUGAACUUGCACUAACAGCAGGAGCUGAGGUGGAAAUAUUGGACGAUCGGGACCAUGCAUGGUGGUAUGCUCGAGAUGUAAGGACCGGACAAGAAGGCGUUGUACCCGCAGCCUAUUUAUACUAGAUUAUUGGGUGUCAUUCAUGUUCGUCGUCGUUCAGUUGUUUGUUUUCGUUCAAAUUUUUUAUUAGUUUUCGUGCGCACGAUACCCAUUUCAUGACAGUUUACACAGA